UUACAAUAAGUAUUUUUAAUAUAGUACAAAAAAUGUGUGAAGCAUAAGAAAAAUAUUUAAAAAACAAGGCACAUUCAGUGUGGUGAUGAACAAUCGUCUUGAGAAAACAGCCGACGCCCACACCCACUAAAAAAACAUAUUUUUUUUAUUUUUCAUACUUUCAAACAGGAACUUCAGGAUACGAUAACGGGAAAUCAAAAGUGUAAUGUCACAAGUAAUUCAUAACACGCCCACGCCACAAAUGCUGACGACAUCAACGUUAAACCCAAUAGAAGCAGCGAAGCAACCACUAGCAUUCCCAAAUUUAGGCAAUGGUACACAUCAAAAUGAUUUGGUGCCAGGUCCAGACGUCAUACUAAGGGCAUCAACAAUUUUUGGCGAUCUUAAGCACGACACACCAUUAGAUCUCGAUAAUGUGCAUAAAUCUGCUGAGACUGACAACAAUUUGAGUUCGAAUAGAGAAGCUUUACAGUAUGGUGGUGACUCGAAAAUUCGUAUAAUGCCCACAAUAAAAUUGCUAGCUGCUCCGCAUCCAGCCGAUCCGAAACGCAAAUUUGUUUGUCCAUACGACAAUUGCACUAAAAGCUAUGGAAAAAGUUCCCACCUACGUUCCCAUCUUACAUGGCACACGGGAAUAAAACCUUUCGUAUGCAGUGAGCCCAAGUGUGGCAAGGGAUUUACUCGGUCGGACGAACUCAAUCGGCAUUUACGCACUCACACCGGUGAGAAGCCGUUCGAAUGUUCACAAUGCAGUAAAAAGUUCUCACGAAGCGACCAUCUGACAAAGCAUCUGGCCACGCAUGAUAGGCAAAUAAAGACAACCAAUCUAAAGCGUUCGUUGCCCAAUAAUGGACGAGUUAAGCCAUCGAAGAAAAGUACAUCUGAAUCAGAAUCUGGGUUUCAUUUUAUGGCAGCGUUAAGUGGCCCAGACGCCAGUUCUAAUCAACAGCAGCAUCAAGCGCAGCAUGGAGAAGUCCCAGCCUUUGACCACACACCAUUACGAAUUAAACUGGAACGCCCCGAACACAGUGACAAAUAUCAGAUCGUACCUUCUAUGGGUGAAAAUCAGAUGCAAGCUGGCUUUAGUGGAAAGCCUGCCGAAGUAAAAUACGAACCUGCAGAUGAAAUCGCACGCACUCUGUCUCAACUGCCCCCUCAAGAUGGACCGGGUACCUAUGGCAUGCCUCAUUUUGUCCAAGAUCGACCGUUUCGGUGUCGACAAUGUGAGAAGCGAUUUAAGCGGCAGGACGAUCUUAAUCGGCACAUACGAACGCACACUGGAGAGAAGCCUUAUGCAUGUAACCAAUGUUGUCGUCGAUUCGUACGCAGCGAUCACUUAAAAAAGCAUCAACAGACGCAUUUAAAGGCACGGUAGUUUCAUAGGUAAUCAUUAAGUUUUAUCGCCAGUGGCAUCCAAAUUACUGUUAGUUAAAGCAGGCGUGUGUUCGGCAACAAACACAGUACAAUAAAUUUAAUUAAAGUAACUAUACU